CUCUCACACACACGCAGAGUCCUCAGGCCAUGUCAUUGGCUGAGCAGGCUGAUGAUGAGUCACAGGCUGGAGGAUAAAAGCUCUCUGCUCCCUCAAUGCAGACACACUGUUGAUAUCAGUUCAGCUGCUACACAUCUACCUAUCUUGCUAUCGCUCUCUAUCAUCCACAGCAACUAUGUGCAAAGGACUAGCAUUACUGCCUACCACCUGCCUGGAAAGGGCCAAGGAACUAAAAGCAAAGCUGGGCAGCUUUCUGCAAAAACCCGACUGGAGUCUAGCAAGCUGCAAAAUAGGCAAAACUAGACCUACUCUGGAACAAUGUAUGAGGUGGAAAGAGUCUUUCGAAAAGCUGUUGUCCAGUAAACACGGACUGAUGGCCUUUACAGCUUUCCUGGUGUCAGAGUUCAGUGAGGAGAACAUUGCAUUCUACGUUGCCUGUGAGGACUUCAGGAGCACUAAGUCUGCUGCCAAGCUGGCGGCAAAAGCCCAGAGAAUCUAUGAUGAGUUCAUCUGCACCGACGCACCCCGAGAGGUGAACAUUGACCACGAGACUCGUGAUAUCACCAGGGCCAACCUGAAAGAUCCAUCUACAUCCUGUUUCGACAUGGCCCAGCAUAGGAUCUACCUUCUCAUGGCCAAGGACUGCUACCCUCGCUUCCUUCGUUCCCCAGCUUACAAAGACCUGAUCAGCCAGCUCCGUGCAAAGUGCACAUCCAUCUCCAAGAAGGCGUGAAUUAGUAAUAGAGGACCUACUGUGGUCGUCUAAAAUUUUAAAUAAGAAAAUGAAUGGAUCGCCCAUGAGCAUUGACCGUGCGUGAAGCCUCAAGACGGGAAUUGUACAGAUGGACGAAUGUCUCGUCAUGAACCAGAGGUUCUGGUGCCAGCUACUCUGAAAGAUGAUGAGAGUCAAUCACCAUAAAGCUCUGAAGGAGAAAAAGAGAAAAGUGAUACCCCGUGAGGAUGGAAGAUGAGACUUGAAACAAGAACUGUGGUGGCAAUAUCAACACAUGAUGUCGACUAUCAUCAGUGAAUGUACAGAGAUACAGAAUGGGCUGAAGGAAGGGUGAAAAAGGAUGCAUUGACAAGUUGGACAUUUGCAAUCAAAGACACACUGUUAUAGUGUCCCAGUCUACUGCAUCAAUGUCUAACACUGUGUUCAUGACUAGGCAUGUUUUCUACAUGUUUUUUUAAUGUUUAUGGGAACUGAGUAUUUAUUCUAUUGAUUUGUUUCUACUCUGUUCUUUUGUCUCUGUGUUAAGUAUUUUGUUUGACAAGACCAACAAAUGAUGAAAAACUGUGCAAUAUAUUUCUACUGUUAUCUGAUUUGUGAUGUUUUUUACUGUAAAAAAUGAUAAGUUAUUUGAAUAAAAAACAAAACCACAAUAUUAAAA